AAAGGGUUUCGAAUCGUGAGCGUUUGGAUCGAUACAAAGGAAUCGGUUCGCUGGCCCCGUUGGGAGCGGCCCGGAAUGAGCGGCGCCUUCUCUGCCGCCAAAGACUUCGUCCCGUCUCCUCACAAGUGCUGGUGUUGAUGGUGGUCGCGGUUAGCGAUGCUGAAGAGGGAAGCGGAGUGGUUCGGCGAGCCGGCAGGAGGCGGUGGUGGUGGAGAAGGCUGCCCCAUGUCUGUCACAGAUCUGUCCAAGGCAUGGGAGAACAUCCACAAAGCAAAGAGUGCCCUUCGUCACAUCGAGAAUCGUCUGGAGGCGGUGAACGCGAGCACCACCCUCCUGGAUCUGCCUGUCCACCAGAAGCCACCGGCGAGGCAAAGCAGGAAAAUCCCUCGCGGCGCGGGGGCCGAGCGGAAGAUUACCGAGGGCUACACCGUCGACGUGCCGGCCCGUACUUCGCAAGCGUCGCCAGGGAGUGUGAAGGAGGCGCGGGCCGUGCCAGACCUGCGCUUGCGAGGGCCUCCUCUGGAAAAUGGGGCCUCUCCUGCCAGCGUGGAUUUAGUUAGGACAUCACAGUUUCCAAGGCCUCGGGAGCGGCACAGGCAACCGGGCUUGACUCGAAGCCAGCUGGAGGCUCGCUGGCUCCUCUCCGAGCAGACGCGUGCCGAAACGGAGGUGGCGAGCCCACGGAGCCGCGAGAUUUACUCUGGUGACCGGCGCGAUGUCCUUUCGACCGAUUUUGCGAGCGUGAGCUCGUCGGUGGUCGACGGGACGGACGUGCGAAUCUUGAAUGACGCCGUUGCUCUCGAUUUGCUGGAGGGGCAGCGGCGCGCGGGACGGGCACUGAUGCUCAACGGAUUUGCUCGCCACCACCACGGGGAGGAGGAGGAGGGGGAGCGAGAGGUUGCCGAUCGCAGGAAUACAGUGGCGGUGACCGACCGGAGAAAGCCGUCGACUAAAAACAAAGAGGAGGCGAUUGCGCUGGCGCAUGCGCCGCACGACUCCGAGCGCAGCCCUCCGCAGCGACUCGCUCGGAACUCGACACUCGCAGCUUUUCCGCAGAAAGAGCCGACCUGGAUGGAGUGCAACGGUUAUUCUCAGCACCGGCCGUCGGCGGCAGCGGAAGAUUUCCAUGCGAGGAAUCAAACGGUUGUGCCGACCGGCCGAGAUGGCGACGGGCUCUCCGGCUGCACUUCGCCGAAGCCCGGCGACAAGCUGCUGAGGUUGAAGGAGCGUUUGGGCAGACAGGCGCAUCCGGAGCGUGGGAGACGCCCAAAUGGGGAGGGGCCGAGGGUUGAUGAGGACUUCUUGGCAGCUGUCGGUCAUCAUGUCCACGGCGACACGAUGAAAAGUCGAAACCAGGCUGGCCGGUCGUGCGUCCUCAACAAUGGGUUAACCCAGGCGCUCGAGUCAUCGCGAGCGACGACGGGGGCGACCGGGAAGCACGGGAAAAAUCAGUUCUUGGCGGUCAAAGAAAAUCACGGCAGGAGCGCAACAGGCAUGGGCCAGCCAGCCAGGGGGAACGUGGGUCAAGUGUCCACCAGAGGCCCUGUACCAACGCGAGAUCUUAGCCUCAUACAGGGCACCCAAGGACCCCGUCCGGCGUGGGCAGCGACCGACCGUACACGCGAGGUCGGCGGGGUCGGCCACCCCGCCGACGCCGGUGACCCCAUCAGGGCUGCGGAGCUGAGUGUGCAGCUCCUCUCGGAGGAGGUGCAGGGCAUCCUCGACGAUCUGCAGCUGGACGCUUGCAUCGGGGCAUUCGAAAAGCAUCCUGUCGCUGCCAUCCCCGCCACAGCCCCCACCACCAGGCGGAUGCGGACAACCAAGGGCACGCCGUCGAGACGGCUCGAUCAGGACGGCGCACAGGAGGCUCGCGACGCCGGGUGGACCCCUACUGCCGGUUACACCGAUGCCACGGUGCCACGGAGUGCCGACGGUCGGCAGCUGCCGGACCGGCAUAAGCGGCGCGCGGAGGAGAGGCGUGUGUUGCGGCGGGCGCCGGAACAGCGAGGGGAGCCGGCACAUCUGCACGCGCCGCACCACCACCACGCCUCCUCGGGGCAGCAGUGGGGGGUGGACGGUGGUGGCGGCGGUGGCGGUUUCUGGGACGAGGAUCGUCACCGCCUCGAGAUGCUGGGACGGACAGGGGUCACGCAGACCCAGUACCGCAAGUUGGCUCAACCGCCUGGUGAGUCUAACAAGGAGAACUGGGGAUUCCGCUUCCCCGGCUCAGCGAAUGCUGUCAACUUCCUGAACAAUGGCCAGGUAAUGGGUAUCACCACCACGAGCGCCCUCGCCUCGUCGCCGGACUACCGCGACCAGGAACUCCCCCCUCAGCCGUACGGCUGGAGGCCAUCCGAUCCGGCGGAGCAUCCUUCCUGCAGCUGCGGAUCGAGACUGGACAACCCGUCCCCGCCCAGCCUCGUGGGGGCGUCGAGCCCCGACUCGGAUUUCUUCCUGGGCCUUCCGUCCCGCGGACGGCGCGCAUUCGACUCGACGGCACGCCACCCCGUCGCGCACGACGACGACGACGCCGCUCGAAGGAGGAGGAAGGUGGAUCGCAUCGAAGCGCUCAAGGUGACGGCGGCCCGACUGGCGAGCCGGCUCGAGGAGGAGGCCCAGACGCUGGCACGGACCGUGGUGGCCGGCGGUGGCGGAGGCAGGAGCGGCGAGAGCGGCGGCGGCAGCCACCGGCGUGGCGACGCCGAGGCACCCGACGAGUUUUGCCACGGCGCCGGUCGGCGCGACGGGCACUCCUACCGCCCGCCGAAGAAUUACGACCCCAGAACGAACUACGAUCCCGGGCCCGAGUACGAGACCUCGCAGGGAGAAAACGAGUUGAUGCGGAAGCUGGAGAGGAUCCUCGGCAAAGGUUCGGGCUCGCGGAAAUCGGCGUGGGAGGAGCGGGUGUCGCCGGCGCCGCCGCGGGGCUCGGGAAGGAACGAGGCGGACGCCGCCGAGCGUUCCCCGCGGGAAGACUCGUACCUGCAUGCCCUCGACGCCGUCGGCAGGUCCGUCGAGAAGCUGCGGUCGCAGAAGCGGAAGCUCUCGCCGCAAAGUCUCUCACCGCACAAGUUUUCGCCGAGCGAGUCGACAUCGCCGGCGCCCGCAGAGGAGCCGCCGGCCGGCGGCAUCGGCGCAGUCGUCCUCCGCUGGCGCGAUGCGGCGGGACGAGGAGGCGGCGGUGGCAGCGGCCCGACACGCGACGCCAGCGCCGAAAAAAACGGACCGGCUCGUGGGCCAGAUGCACAGCGCAGAAGGCGGAGCUCCCAAGAAAGAGCACCGGCUACGACCCACCGACCUCGCGACCCCCGGCGAGCGGAGGUCGCGCGAUAUUGAGGCCGGCGUGAGUCUGGCAUCUCCGACGUCCGGGCGGCGGUCGCCUUGCGCGACGACGACGUCGCUCUCGUCGCUGUCCCCAGCCUCGUCGUCGUCACACAAGUCCCUGUCGAACGGAUCGAGGGAGGGUGCCGACGACGGCAUCACCUACACCACGGUUCUCACCGAAUCCGCCGGGUCGCAUGAGACCCCCACCGGCGCGGCAGACCCCCACGAGCCUGGGGCAGCCGUCACGGAUCUGUUGGACGAGCGCCGGCACCGGGACUCCGAGUUCCUGCGGAGGCUGCGCGCAGAGGAGCG